GUCCUGUGUGCUUUUUCCUCCUGUAUAACAGGUUAGUUUUGGUGAAUCAACUCACUGAAUAAUAUCCAUGUGAUCUUUAUAAGUUUAAGUACACAUUCUGGAGGAGGUCUCAAGGUUGGCAAUCAAUACAGUAUCUGGGUCGUUCCGCCCAACCCUUUUAAGCGGCGAGUCCGGCAGGCGCUUCAUCAGAGAAGGCAGGAUGAAGGCGGCGGAGAAGCAGAAAGAAGUUCUUGUCAAGUCUCCGAGUAAGAAAGAGAAGGAUAAGAGCUGGAUCCCCAACAUCAUCAAGAAGCGAGUGUGCACCGCUUUUGUCGAAGACCCGUCCAGUGAUGGAGAGCUGUGUCUUUGUGGCGGCGUGCGGGACUUGCAUGACUCUUUCCCUGAGAAGACCGAGGAGAGAAAGAAGACAGAGGAGACAAAGGAGACUGAGGAGACAAAGGAGACUGAGGAGACAAAGGAGACUGAGGAGACUGAGGAGAUAGAGGAGUCCUUGGAGGUGGUCCACCAGUGGGACAGUAGCAAGCACACCACAGAGUCUCCCACCGAUGCCUUCGGAGAGCUGGAGUUUGCCGGCGCCAGUUGCAGGCACAGUUAUUUUCUGCGGCUAUCAUGUGACACGCCACCUCAAAAAAUCUACACCCUGCUGACCACACACUGGCGAUUGCCCUCACCCAAUUUGGUGGUGUCAGUGGUGGGAGGCGAAGGACGUGAGACGAUCAAAACAUGGGUGAGAGAUGUCCUGAGGAAUGGGCUGGUUCGAGUUGCACAGAGUACAGGGGCCUGGAUCUUUACGGGGGGUCUACGGGAAGGCGUGGCUCGCUGUGUCGGCGAGGCGGUGAGGGACCACAGCGCUGCAGCUUCGAAGAUCUCCAAGAAGAAAGUCAUAGCUGUGGGAAUCGCACCCUGGGGCAUUGUGUUCGACAGACAACAGCUCGUUAAUGCAGAGGGAAGCUUCCCCGCUUGCUACUACGUCCAGAACACGGCACAUGACUCGUGCCUCCUGGACAGCAACCACCAAGCGUUCUUGCUGGUGGAUGAUGGGAGUAGCGGCCGAAGGGGAGGAGAGACGGCCUUUCGUGCAGGUCUGGAAGGUCAUAUCUCUCACCAGCGCACCGGCAUUCUGGGUAGUGGCAGCAUUGAAAUCCCAGUGCUGUGUAUGCUCAUCUCAGGAGACGCCAGCAUGCUGAAAAGACUAGAGAAUUCUUUGAGUAAAUCCACGCCCUGGCUUGUCCUCGCCGACACUGGUCCAGCUGCAAACCUGAUCAGUGAUCUUCUAAUGAGUCUUCCUUGCAUCGCAAUAAGCCCCUCUUUAUUCGAGGCGGGAGAUAUGGAUUGUCUCUGCAUGGACAUCCGUGACAGGAUCCGCGACAAGAUCCAGAAACACUUUCCAGAUGAAAGUGACCGGGACAAACUGGUGGACAGCGCUCUGAGUAUUCUUUUUAACAGAGACCUCAUCACUGUGUUCCACGCAGAGCAGGGACUUGAUGAAUUUGAUAAUGUACUCCUCAAAGCCCUUGUUCGAGCUAGCAAACGUUUGUCCAGCGACGCCAGCGAGUACACUGAAGAGUUGAAACUGGCUGUGGCCUGGAACCGAGUGGACAUCGCCAAGACAGAACUCUUCACCGGAAACAUACUGUGGAAGUACGAUGACCUGGAGGGUUCAAUGACAGACGCUCUCAUCAACGACAAGCCUCAGUUUGUGCGGCUCUUCUGUGAAAACGGUCUGAAUAUUCUGGACUACAUGACAUACCAACGCUUGGAGAGUUUGUAUCGCUCGCUCUCGGACAGCUCCGUGGCCUACGUCCUUCUGCAGAGGCGCCUGAGUGACCGUCUGAGUCUGGAUGGAUCUCGACCCAGUCUGAACGGAGUCAUAGGGGCACCGCGCCUUAGCACACAGAGUGCAACAUCCGGACCUGCUUCAGGGAAUGACCUCAGCUUGUUUGAGGUAUCACGUGUUCUGUGGGACCUGCUGGGAGAUGUCUGUCAGCCUUUCUACUAUGAACCCCUUGGUCUGGACUUCAAGAUCGGCUCUUCGAGGGCCCUCAGACAAGUCAACAAGAUGCUGCAUGGGGGCAAUUGUGCGUACCGGGACCAACGUUGCCACUCGCCCUGGGCAGCGCUCUUCAUCUGGGCUAUCUUGCAGAACCGCAGUGAGAUGGCUGUGUAUUUCUGGGAAAUGGCGGGCGAGUCGGUCAUGUGUGCCCUCGGCGGUUGUAAGCUGCUGAGGGAACUUUCUCAUUUGGAGAGUGAGAAUGAGAGCAAGGCGGCCAUGAAAGAGCUGGCACAGAAGUUUGAGGAUCUUGCACACGAUGUAUUUGGAGAAUGUUACCAGAGCAGCGAGAGGCGCUCCUUCACCCUCCUGAUAAGAAAGUCUCCAGUGUGGGUUGGAGCGACGUGUCUGCAGAUGGCAACUGCGGGUGAUGCUCGCCUGUUCUUCAGCCAUGACGGCGUUCAGUCGUUGCUGUCCCAGAUCUGGUGGGGCAGCAUGGACAGAACCACGGAGGCGUGGAAGCUGGUGAUCGCCUUCUUCAUGCCCCCUCUCAUCUUCACAAAUUUUAUCAGCUUCAGGCAGCAGGAAGACGAGGAUAUUCCAGUAGUAGUCCAGGUCAACCGCAAAGACGCUGACAUUCUGGAGGACAAUGAUGGCGCCGUCUUCUCCCUUGCUGAGAUUGUACACAAGGAUGAAGAGGCGGAUGAGUCCCAGGCUCUAGAAGAAAACCUAACAUCCUCUUCAACAUCCGACAUCAGGACACCGCCGUUCAUUCUGACGCGGUGGAGACAGUUUUGCGGCGCCCCCGUCACCACCUUCCUGGGCAACGUGCUGAUGUACUUCCUGUUCCUCUGCCUCUUCGCCUACAUCCUGUUGGUGGAUUUCAAGCCCGCACCUCCGAAAGGCCCUUCCUCCCUGGAAUUUGUGCUUUACUUUUGGGUUUUUACAUUAGUUUGUGAAGAAAUCCGACAGAUCUUCUUUGUGUCCAGCAACUUUAUGGUCCAGGGGAUGAAGAGUUACAUCAACGAUAUUUGGAACCAGUGUGACGUCACGGCCAUCACAAUCUUCAUUUGUGCUCUCGGCUGCAGAAUGUUCCCGCAGUCGUUCAAGUUCGGCCGAGCGUUGAUGGCAAUCGAUUUCAUGGUCUUCACGCUGCGUCUGAUCCACAUCUUUGCCGCCCACAAGCAACUCGGGCCCAAGAUUAUCAUCGUUGGCAAAAUGAUGAAAGACAUUUUCUUCUUCCUCUUUUUCCUGACUGUGUGGGUCAUCGCCUACGGAGUGGCCAACCAGGCGCUCCUCUACUCAUACGAUCCACGUCCCAACUGGAUAUUUCGUCGGGUCUUCUACAGACCCUACCUAUAUAUAUUCGGACUCAUUGACGUACAAGAAGUGGAUGCUGAUUUGAUUGGGGACAAGAGCUGUACCAACAAUGUGACGCUAAUCGAAGCGGGACAGGAGCCUUGCACAAACGCCGAUGUCAACUGGCUGGUUAUCGUCCUUCUGGUCAUCUACCUGCUGGUUACCAACAUACUGCUAAUCAAUCUCCUCAUCGCCAUGUUCAGUUUCACCUUCAACGAAGUUCAGGAGCGCAGUGACAUCUACUGGAAAUUCCAACGCUACAACCUGAUCGUGGAAUACCACUCCAGGCCUUCCAUGGCGCCGCCAUUCAUCAUCAUUUCACAUAUUAUUCUUUUUAUCAAGAGAUGCGUCCGCCAUAUACCCUCGGAAAAGACAAAACACUUUGUUUUGGAGCUGCCGGACAUCAAAGCCAGCCAGAUCAACAUGUGGGAGGCCAUCCAGAAAGAAAACCUCCUCUCGGCUGAGAACAAGCGGCAUAGGGAUAGUGACACGGAACGCCUCAAGCGUACAUCUUUCAAGGUGGACAGUGUGCUGAAGCAAAUGGUCGCACAUCGUGACCAGGACCAGCGUUUGCAGAUACUGGAGACAGAGAUGGAGUACUGCUGCAACUCUCUCUCCUGGAUGAUGGAGGCCAUGUCUCAGAGUAACCUCAUCAAAGCCAACCGCUCCCCUCCGGUCUUAAGAGACCUGUCUCCAAGCUGAACUUCCUAAACUCUCCUCACAGAGAUAUGUGCGAGCACACACACACACACACACACACACACACACACACACACACACAUACACAAUCUUGUAUUUGUUACCCUCUUGAGACCUCUGAAAAAUGGACCACCCUUUAUAGAUAUAUCAAGAUUUUUAUUUACAAUAUUAAUAAUGUAUACAUACUAUGCAAAUAUAAAAACAUAAGCUUUUAGUUGAAUUUUUUUAAUUUUUUUUUAUUGGUUUUUAAUCUUCAUUAUUUACUUCAAGUUAUUACAGUAUGUCUCUAUAUACAUUUUUUUUUUUUUUAUCAAUUUUGGCCAAAAGGGGGCGCAUUUCUAUUUCUGACACACACUUGUUAUUACAUAUG